AUGAGUUUUCGUAGAGGUAGAGCUAAUGAAGGUAAUACUUUUUUAAAAAAUUUACCAUUUGGUUUAGCUUAUACAGAUGUUAGUGGAUCUCAAAAUACAGAAUUUCCAAUAAUUCCACUUCCUGUUAAUAAUCCAAUUACUAAAAAAGAACAAAUCACUGCAGUAACAUACAUAAAUCAAACAGAUGCAAUUAGAGAUGGUCCAUUUUAUUUAGGUUCAAUAUCUGAUAGUACAGAUAAUAAUAAUAAGAGUAAUACACAAACUGCAAAUAAUGAUAAUAUAGAGAGAUAUUCUGAUAGAUAUUUAAAGAAAAGGAAAAUUGGUAUAUCUAUUGAUGAUCAUCCUUAUCAUUUAGAAUUGUACCCAAAGGAAUUGUACAAUGUUAUGGGUAUAAAUAAAAAGAAAUUAGUUAAAAUUAGAAAAUUAAAUAAUAAUACUAAUAAUGUUUUCACAGGUGCUUUAGAUGAUGAAACGUUAGGUCUUUCUGUAUUAGAAAAAUUGAAACAAUUAGCUGAAGAUGUUGAUGAUGAAGAUGACAAUGAGGAUGAAAAUUCACAUAAACGUAGAGAUGAUGACAUUUCUGAUAAUGAUUUCGAUGAGGAUGAAGAAGAAGAUGAAGAUAAUGAUUAUAAUGGUGAAAGAUAUUUCGAUAAUGGUGAUGACGAUGGUUAUGGGGAUGAAGAUGAUAAUGGAGAUGAACCUGCAUUUUAG